GUAACCAGGUACUGGUAGAAUCGGUAGAUCUCGUUAGAGUUAGACGUUAGUGUUCUGUGCAGUAGAAUGUAGAUCUUUAUUGGGUGUAAAGUUAAACUAUAAAUUAUGGAGUUAUUAGUUUUAAACAAUUUACACUGUUAGUUUGUUACGUCUUGGAAAUAAAUUACUUUAUGUGGUGUCACAUCCAAUUUUGAACAAAAAUAUUUGAAUUUGAACUUAGACUUUGCUCAGACUUUACUUACGUAAAACUUAGCUUACUAUAAUCCUACAACAUCUCUUCCUAUAAUUUUAUUGCGCAUGGAUUAUAUUGGACUAAUAUUUAAUUAAAUACCUUCAGGGUUCAAUGAAAUUCUGUAAUUUAGAUAAUUUUAACUGUACAUAAGUAAAAAUCAAUAAUCUUAUGAAUUAAAUACCGUCAGGAAAAAUAUUGAUUGUCACGCUAUGAAUGGAUUUAUUGCCGUGCACUGUGGUGCUGGUUAUCAUAGUGACUCUCUAAAGAAAGAUUAUCAAAGGACUUGCUACGCCGCUUGUAGAAAAGCUGCUCAAGCUCUACAUGAAGGAGGGAAUGCGGUCGAUGCCGUAGAAAAGGCGAUUAUAGAACUAGAAAAUAGCCCAUUGACAAAUGCUGGUUAUGGUUCAAAUUUGAGCUGGAAUGGAUUGGUUGAAUGUGAUGCAUCUAUAAUGAAUGGUCAAACUCUACAUUUUGGAGCCUGUGGGGCUGUUUCUAAUGUUUGGAACCCAAUAUCAUUAGCUAAACAACUAUGCAUUAAACAAUGUGAAAGUCUGUCACUCGGCAGGGUGCCACCAUGUAUUCUAACCGGCCAAGGAGCCAGAAUGUGGGCAGAAAGAAUGGGAUUAGACAUAGUAGAUGACAAAAGGAUGGUUUCAUCAAGAGCUUUUCGUAAUUAUAAGCAUUCAAAGAGAAAAUUAAAAAGGUAUUCAGUACAGAAUGAUGUACGUUUUAGUCCCUUAGAUACAGUUGGAGCAAUAUGUGUAGAUUCUUACGGAGUGGUGGCAGCAGGUGCAAGUUCAGGUGGGGUCGCAUUGAAACAUGAAGGAAGAGUUGGACAGGCGGCAUCAUUUGGGUCCGGUGUUUGGGCCUCAAUGAGCCGUAAUGAAGAUAUAUCUUCAGUGGCAUCUUGUACUUCAGGAUGUGGAGAACACCUUAUUCGAACUCAAUUAGCAAAGAAUUCUGCAGAAAGUUUAUUGGAAAGUUCACCAAUUUUAGGACUUAAUAAAUGUCUUAAAGAAAAAUUUAUAGAAUCACCAUAUUUAUGGGAUAUACCAGAAAGGCUUGGAGGAACAUUGGCACUCACAUUUAACUCUAAAUCUGGGGAUGGAGAACUUUUAUGGGGACACACAACGAACACAAUGUGCAUUGGGUACAUGUCUACAGAAAUCGCAAAACCAAAGUGCAUUAUUUCCUAUCUACCUAUGAAAAUACAAACUGGGAAAAAAGCUGUGGUGUCAGGAUUGCCAUUCAAAGUUUCUCAACAGCCGUGCCCUGUUCUACAGUGGGAAAUUAAGACUGAAUUUAACACAAAUGGAACAAUAUAACGUGUAUAGUGUGUUUUAUUUGUAUUAAUUAUUUGCCGAAAAAUAUAAUUACAUACAGACUAAAUUACAUUUACAUUACAUAAUUGUUAUUUGAUUCAAGAUUGUAAUAAAGAAUAUAAGCACA